AUGGAUGCAUUAUCUAAUCAAGACUAUAAAAUCAGAGAAAAGGCUCACAAAUGUUUUGAGAAAAUAGUUAAUGAAGUAGCAACCGAUGAAGUGAUUGAUAUUCUUGUAAAAGCACUUUAUGACGAAAGCUAUGAAGCUAGAUUUAAUGCAUGUGUUGCUAUUAGCAAGUUUGGUGCAAACGCAGAAACAAAUGAAGUGCUCACUGGUUUAGUCAAGGCACUGAAAGAUGACUAUUUAAUUGUUGUUUGGGCAGCAUGUAAGGCUCUAGAAAAUAUAGGUGAAAAGGGCGCAACAGAUGAGAUCGUUAAUGGUCUGAUAAGGGAACUUCUUAAUGACUGUUGGGAUGAAAGAGAAUCAGCAUGUCAUGCCUUGGUAAAGAUGGUUGAAAAAGUAGCUACAAACGAGUUAAUCGUUGGUCUUGCACAGGCACUGCGCGAUAUAAAGCCCGAGGUGAGAAUAUUGGCAUGCGAAGCGCUGGAGAAGAUUGGUGAAAAAGCAGCAAGACAUGAGACGAUCGCUGCUCUGAUCGAUGCGCUUUGUGAUGAAGAAUCAAAAGUGAGAGUGUUAUCUUGUAAAAUUCUAGAGAAGAUGAAUGGGAAAGCAGCAACACACGAAACUAUAAUUGGCCUCAUGAGCGCACUCCAAGAUAAAGAACAAGAUGUUAGAGCAUGCACCUGUAAAGCCCUUGGAAGCAUGGGUGAGAAAGCAGCAACGACUGAGGUUAUCACUGCCCUUAUGACUGCCCUGGACGGUCGCUCGAGUAAUCUUCCAUCUGAUGCUGUUGCCAAAGCUAUCGCUAAUAUGAGUGAGAAAUCAGCAACACCCGAGGUAACCACUUGCCUCAUAAAUGCACUAAAACGAUGCGGCUCUGUCUUUUUCGCUGUGUUCGAUAAAAUCAUGCGUUCACCAAAUGCUGUUAAAGAGUUAGAUUCGAAUACAUUAUCAAAGCUAUAUUCGUAUAUGAAGGAUUAUUCUGAGAUCAACUUGGCGGGAAUUCCAUUCGAUCGAUUUAUCAAAGUAUUUUUAGAAACGAGAAAUAAUGCUUGGCUUCCAUUAAUUGUAUAUGCUGCGCUAUUAAAAGUUAUCGCUAUAACAGUAAUCCAUGAUAAGAUGAUAAUGGAUUCAUAG